UUUUGUUUGAUUUUUAAGUUUUAUUAAAUACCCUACGAAGUUUUUUUUAGAAUAGUUUUAUGAUAAAAACGAAUAUGAAUUACAAUUUAAAUAGUUCAUGAGAUUGUAGACCAACCAUUCCCCUCAAGCUAUAGCAAGUCUCUUAUAUUUCAUUGGAACCAUUGACACACAUGAAGGAAGUUCCGUAGAGGGCCAUAUUUUCAUUUCUAUUAAUGCAAUUUAAUUAUUUUUGUUAGUUUAGAUUACUUUGUAAAAAGAAAAAAAAUUGAUACUGGGAUUUUACUGUACGUGCAUGUUCUAAAUGCUGACAUAUGUUCUGUGUGUAAUCUGUUGCAGCUAAAUAAAGAUAGAUGAUGCUUGCUGAAGUAUGAUACAAAAAUUUGAUACUGACAACAUAUAACAUAAAAGCUUAGAACUUAGUUAACUUAUAAUGCAGGUAACCUCUAUUAUCAAAGUUUGCGAACAAGACCGAAUGGUCAUUUGGGAUACUUCCCGUGCAGCAAUGACACCAUAUCACCCCAGACUCGCUAGAUCGUCACCAGGAGUAGGACGCAGUAUCAUCACACCUCGAGGACAAUACCGUUUCCUGAUCUGAUCAAGUAACAUGGCAGAAUGGGAGGAGAUGGAACAGAAGCCAGUGGUUGAGAUGGAGUUUGUCAAGGUGGACAGCAUCAAGGAGGAGGUCGAGGAAGAGACUCCACUGGCUGGCGUCCAACCAGCUGCUGUGUGGCAGGAGGAGAUGGAACAGAAGCCAGUGGUUGAGAUGGAGUUUGUGAAGGUGGACAGCAUCAAGGAGGAGGUCGAGGAAGAGACUCCACUGGCUGGCGUCCAACCAGCUGCUGUGUGGCAGGAGGAGAUGGAACAAAAGCCAGUGGUUGAGAUGGAGUUUGUCUGUGUGGACAGCAUCAAGGAGGAGGUCGAGGAAGAGACUCCACUGGCUGGCGUCCAACCAGCUGCUGUGUGGCAGGUAGUUGAUAAUCCUGCUGUGGAGACUAGCUCUCUGGCUGGAGCUUCCAGAACAAGAGGUAAUUACAACAGUGAAGGUAGUGCCUCUCUCAAGACUGAAUGUGUACCAGAAGAUGAUACACAGGCAGAAACUGCUACCUGCGGUACUAGUUUGAUGUCUGACAUUUGCAUCAGUGUUUCAACAGAUUGCAAGGGUCUUCAUCCUCAUCAGCAUUUGUGUUCGUCAAGCAAACAAGACAAAGAUGCUCCAGUUAUAAGACAAGAGUCACUAGUACGUAAUUUAGAAGAACACAACAGAUCUCAUACACGGGAGCGUCCCUUCAAGUGUGAUCUAUGUAGUAAAUUAUUUGCUAGUAAAAAAAAUCUUACUGUACACAAUAAGUUACAUACAGGGGAGCGUCCCUUCAAAUGUGAUAUAUGUAGUGAUUCAUUUGCUAGGAAGGAAUCAUUUACUGCACACUACAGUCUACAUACAGGGGAGCGUCCCUUUAAGUGUGAAUUAUGUGAGAAGUCUUUUAGAUCUAAAAAAUAUCUGACCCAUCACAUCAGGGUACAUACAGGAGACCAUCGCCACAUGUGUGAACUAUGUAAUAAAUCUUUUAGUUCUAAAUGGGCUCUAAUUGUACACACCAGGUCACAUACAGGAGAGCGUCCUUUCAAGUGUGAAGUUUGUGGUAAAUCAUUUCCUACAAAACAAAACCUUAAUUUUCACAACAGUGAACAUACAGGAGAGCGUCCUUUCAAGUGUAAAGAGUGUGGUAAAUCAUUUCCUACGAAACAAAACCUUAAUUUUCACAACAGUGUGCACACAGGAGAGCGUCCCUUCAAGUGUGAAGUGUGUAACAAAUCAUUUGCUAGGAAACAGAAACUUAAUGACCACAACAGAUUGCAUACAGGGGUGCGUCCCUUUAAGUGUGAACUAUGUGAGAAGUCUUUUAGUUCUAAAACAUAUCUUAUGAGUCACAUUAGGAUACAUAAAGGAAAGUAUGCCUGCAAGAAUGAAUUAUGUAAUAAGUUUUUUAGUUCUAAAGUGGCUCUAUUUAUACAUGAGAUGUUACAUACAAGGGAACAUCCCAUAAAGUGUUAAUUAUGUGGUAAGUCUUUUAUUUUUUAAAGGUAUCUGAAGUGACACAUCAGGGUACAUACAGAAGAGCGUCACUUCAAAUUUGAAGUAUGUAGUAAGUCUUUUAGUUGUAAAAGGGAUCUAAUUGUUCACAUCAGGUUACAUACAGGGGAGCGUCCCUUCAAGUGUAAUGUGUGUAGUAUAUCAUUUGCUAGGAAAGUGCCGUGGUUUAAACCAUAAUCGUCGCAUGCGCAUAAUCAUUCCUCUGUUAUUUUAGGACAUCAAAAUUUGGAGAGAAAAAUUUCUUCGCAUGUACAUCGCAUGAUGUUUUUAGAUUCCUGUGUAAAACAAUGUAUUUUAAAGUUGAAAUGCUUAACUAUUUAAUUAACAGAAAUACGAAGUUGUCUUAUGUGUAAAAUUUUUUUUAAAGACUUUUCAAACGUUAUAACCUUUAUCUUUUCGUCUUUGUCGCCGUUGUAUACUGCUUUUAAAAAUAUAGCCAGCGCUAGUUGGCAUUAUUCAUGUUUGUUUAUGUUAAUGUUAAUUCCCGUAUAGAGCCUUGGGCACGUAGUGGAAUAUCGAUACAGAUAGCUCACCGAAUACAUGCAACGCGGGCACUCUGUCUAGUGCCAAGUUAACUACAUUUAAUAGCCCACGCUUUCUCGUGGUGUGUACUACGACGAUAGUUAUGUGUUCCGACUCACGCUCGCGUUACAGUUUUAUUUUUUUCUAUUUGAAGUUGAACACAAUUUUUUGUUGCCUGACUCAUUAAUUGAAAUUGUUUGGCAUGCUUUUGUAUAAUCUACUUUUUAAAUAAACGUACUUUCCAUGCA